AAACGUGGCCGUUCGAGUUAUCCGGAAUUAUCGUGAACUUUAACGUGAGGUGCAUGGAAACGUCUUCCGCGGACGACAGAGCCGAGAACAAACGCGAUAAUCACUUCGCUUAGCCUAAAAGAUCUAAGAGGAUUCACGAUGCCAAGACCGAGUGUGAUUCUCAUUGUUUUCCUGGUUGGCUUCCGAUUUGUGACACCCAAUAGUACGGACGAUACGCUAGAAGCUUUGCCAACGACAGCUGAAACAGUCAAAAGGAAAUACAACAAUUACAAAAAGCCGGAAUCCAAACCCAAACCUUCUUGGAGUCAUAAAGAUCCUGAUGCUUGGCCUGUUAAAUAUCCGACCUGUGGAGGAAAGCAACAAUCGCCAAUUAACAUCCAUCCCAACUCGACUGUCCGGACCACAUACCCGAAUUUUAAGUUCCACAACUACGGGGACAUCGACCGGAUGGCGUUGAUCAAUAACGGACAUAGCGCGGCGUACAAUUUGCCGGCUUACUAUCCCAAAAAGAAAACGCCGCACAUCACGGGCGGCGGAAUGGAUGGCAUUUACCAGUUCGCCCAAAUCCAUCUGCACUGGGGUAGUGACUCUACUAAAGGCAGCGAACAUCUCGUCAAUUCCAAAAGCUAUCCGGUAGAACUGCAUCUAGUUCACUGGAAUGUCAAGUACGGAUCCUUCGCGGAAGCUAGUAAAUACUCGUACGAUGGUUUGGCCGUCUUGACAGUUUUUGCCAAGGUGGUACCGGAAGACAACAAAUAUUUCCAUCCUCUGGUUGAACAACUCGGCGAGAUUGUCAAUAAUGGCGACGAAACAAUUGUCAAGAAACCCAUUUCACUUUAUGACUUGCUGCCCAGAAGGAUCUCGUCGUUUUACCGCUAUUUUGGCUCCGUGACUACUCCCGCCUGCCAGGAACUCGUCAUCUGGACCAUUUUUGAUAAUCCGAUCGAGAUUUCAGAAAAACAGGUUAACAAGUUCAGGAGUCUGAAAGACGAAGUCGGCGAUCGUAUGGUGAACAACUUCCGUCCGCCGCAGCCGGUGAACGACCGCACAGUAUUCUACAGAUCGUUCAGUGUACCCGACAUUCCCUUAUCUCACCCGCCCUCAGUUAACUCUUAUUCUCCGUUUUCGGAAGCGUACAAGUGGAGUAAGGCGACGUUCAAAAAUUAUGCAACGCGAUUUCUGGGCAUUUUCGAUCAUCCUUAUCCCCAUCGCUACAAUUCCUGUCGAUCUCGGCCGUGUUGAUUCCGCCACAUAAUUUCCCACGUAACGUAAAGCCUCACUUCAAAAUGCCACAAAAGAUUCGACAAUUUGGUACAAUUAUUCUAUUUUCUACUGCCGUAGUGAACGAGUUGAGCUUUUUGUGAUAUGAGAAUGCGGAUGAAUACGACUGGAGAAACUAAAAACAUGUCAAAAAAGGUUGGAUGUGUCCUCAUUCUAAACGAAAAAUGUUCGACAAAAGACUUGCCGAACCGAUGUCUGUAUAGGUGCGACGGACCCCGUGAAUCUAGGGAAAUCCCCUCUCAAACUUGACACACUUAUUAUUGCUGGCGACGUGCACGAUCCCACGUUCAUUCCGCCCCACCCCUCCAUCUCGUGUUAUUUCUAACAGCCGUCAAAUAUCAUUUCCGGAUGUCUGUGACCUGUAGGCCUAAUUCUUCAAAGCAAGGCAAAUUUUUGCAUUAUUAAUUCAAGAAUGUUUUCCAGUUUGGGAGUUGAGAGCUAUACUAAUUGAUUUUACUUCGCUUGACGGACUGUCAGGGAACAUGCAAAUUAUCCCGAUAUAAAAUAUAGGGCAGUGAUGAUUACGUUAGCAAAUAAUUUAGUUAUAUGCACAGUGAAGAAAAAUGAUUGAUUCUGACAGUAUACCAUUUACUAGCUGGUGAGACAUAAUUUUGUUGUGUUUCUGACAGUUCAGUUUCUGUCCCUAUUAUAAUAAAAGGUAAUUGCUAAGCAAACUGAAAGGACCAAUGUGAAUGACAAAAGGACAAGGGAUAUAAUGGUGGGAGCUGUAUACGGAAACACACCGACAUACACGCACGGAAAAAUUAAAGAAACAAGUGCAUGAUUGAAGUGAUGUCGGUCGUUGAUCUACUGUCCGGUUGUAAGUCACACGAUAUCCGUCUAGUGUGGUACAGUUCGAGAAAAAGGUCUUAAGUUGAUGUUGUGACAGGAAUAAACAAACGUGCCCCAUAUGUGACGAUGUGAACUUUCAGGGCGACCUGAUAGUCUCCGAGGACAGACGUGUCGCUAUCUUUCUCUCCUCU